AGAACAAGCCGGCCGCCCCAAGUGCCCGCUGGACCCUUAUUUCAUCAUGCCAGAUAAGUGCAAGUGUGUGGACUUCCAGGUCCUGAAGCUGCAGGAGUCCCCUGACGCUGUGCCACACGGGGAGAUGCCCAGGCACUUACAGCUCUACUGCGACAGGUACCUGUGUGACAAAGUUGUCCCAGGGAACAGAGUCACUGUCAUGGGCAUCUACUCCAUCAAGAAGUCUGCCCAGAGCAAGAACAAAAGCCGUGACCACGUGGGCGUGGGCAUCCGAAGUGCUUACAUCCGUGUGGUGGGCAUCCAGGUGGAUGUGGAGGGCUCAGGACACAGCUUUGCGGGCUCCGUGACCCCUCAAGAAGAGGAGGAACUUCGUUGCCUGGCUGCCACUCCCAACAUCUACGAGACCAUUGCCAAGAGCAUAGCGCCCUCCAUCUAUGGCAGCACCGACAUCAAGAAGGCCAUUGCCUGCCUCUUAUUUGGAGGCUCUCGCAAGAGGCUCCCAGAUGGGCUGACCCGCAGAGGAGACAUCAACCUGCUGAUGCUGGGUGACCCCGGCACAGCCAAAUCGCAGCUGCUGAAGUUCGUUGAGAAGUGUUCACCCAUUGGGGUAUACACCUCAGGGAAAGGCAGCAGCGCUGCUGGUUUGACGGCCUCAGUGAUCCGCGACCCUUCCUCCAGGAGUUUCUUCAUGGAGGGAGGAGCCAUGGUGCUGGCGGACGGGGGAGUAGUGUGCAUUGAUGAGUUCGACAAGAUGCGGGAAGAUGACCGCGUGGCCAUUCACGAGGCCAUGGAGCAGCAGACCAUCUCCAUUGCUAAGGCAGGAAUCACAACCACGCUCAACUCCCGCUGCUCAGUGCUGGCAGCUGCCAACUCUGUCUUCGGGCGCUGGGAUGAGACCAAGGGCGAGGAGAACAUUGAUUUUAUGCCCACCAUCCUGUCCCGGUUUGACAUGAUCUUCAUCGUCAAGGAUGAGCACAACGAGGAGCGAGACAUGACGCUGGCUAAGCACGUGAUGUCCUUGCAUGUGAGCGCCUUGACGCAGACCCAGGCCGUGGAGGGAGAGAUCGAGCUGAACAAGCUGAAGAAGCUCAUCUCCUUCUGCCGGACGAAAUGUGGCCCUCGGCUGUCGGCAGCGGCGGCGGAGAAGCUGAAGAAUCGCUACAUCCUGAUGCGGAGUGGUACUCGCCAGCAUGAGCAGGAGAGCGACCGCCGCUCCAGCAUCCCCAUCACUGUCCGGCAACUGGAGGCCAUCGUGCGCAUUGCUGAGUCCCUGGGGAAGAUGAGGCUUCAGCCUUUCGCCACUGAGGCAGACGUUGAGGAGGCCUUGCGGCUCUUCCAGGUGUCCACGCUUGAUGCGGCCAUGUCGGGCAGCCUGUCAGGAGCGGAAGGCUUCACAACACAGGAGGACCAGGAGAUGCUGUCCCGCAUUGAGAAGCAGCUCAAGCGCCGCUUCGCCAUCGGCUCUCAGGUGUCAGAGCACAGCAUUGUCCAGGACUUCAUGCGGCAGAAAUACCCAGAACACGCCAUAUACAAGGUGCUGCAGCUGAUGAUGCGUCGGGGGGAGAUCCAGCAUCGCAUGCAACGCAAAGUCCUCUACCGCAUCAAGUGACCUUCCC